AUGGACACCCCAUACAAGAACCAUGUGUUCCAGUUUGGAGACGAUCGUAGCCUAGACCAAUCAGAAAUUGCAACACCAGAUUUUCUCCAGUUGCUGUCACCGUCACUGCUGUUAUUAUCUGACAACAAAUCUAAUGGCAUGUCACCGAUAACAGGAAUAUCCAUCUUCAACAGGAAACCAGAUGAUUCCCUUGUCACAUCCAAACCUUUAUCCUGCUUCCAUGGAAACAACACCGGCAGCAAGCAGACCCGAAGACAACUACUCACUGAUGGACAACAAAUGAAACCGUUGUACAAUAAUAAAGACAAUUAUUUACAAAACUUGCAACAAAACCCAAUGUUUGAAGACUUAUCCAAGUUGUUAGCAGAAGAAUGCCUACAUAUGCAGGUACCAACAAACUUGAUGAACGUCAAGUGGGAUACCAAGAACAGUGCUGUUGGUCGAGGUUCAAAUAUCCACACUGCUCAUCUUAAUCUACAGAAGAGAUGUCUACAAUUCAGAUCUCAACAGAACUGCCAAGUUGUAACAAAAGCUCGAGACAUUGAAUGUAAAUAUUCCAAAGAGGUGAGCACAAUGGAAGUAGCCAGAUACAUAGAAGUCAGCUCCUCACAAGAACCCUCUCAUUUCAUUCAUGACAGAUUUGACCAAUGCCGAUUUCAGCUGAUAGAAGACACCACUCGUAAUCUAGACGAACUCUUGUUACUAGAAACUACACCAACACAAAUCCAACAAAAUACAAAAAGAGCUAUAAACUUGAGUGUUUCAGAUGAAUCAGCAUCUACCACCAGUUUCUCAGCAAAUGAUACGAGUUCACAGAUUAAAGACAUAGACGUUCUCAGUUUGGCCAUGGAAGCUGCCGAUGUUCUCCCUGAAAGUGCAGACUUUCGUCAGCAGUUUGGUGCAACUACUUCAGUACAUAUUUCAAAUGUAAAGGAAUCAUUUGAUUUACCUCGCCAGGAUUACAUGCUUUGCAAGCAGGUAUCACCACCAAGUACUGAACAGAGCACUAAUUUGCCAAGAGGACUAUCACUAAAGCGCAGAUUUGAACAAGAAAUUAACCUUACAACUGAACAACAACAGAAGAGACAGAAAACUGAUGGAUGUUUGUCAAAACCACGAAAGAUUAAACCAGAAGCCACACAGAUACUGACAGAAUGGUAUGACGCUCAUGUGACGUAUCCAUACCCUAACGAUGAAGAAGUACAAGAACUUGAAAAUAUGACAAACCUCUCUGCAAAACAGGUGAAAAAAUGGAUGGCAAACAAAAGAGUUCGUUGCUUUAAUACACUUUCCAUCACUGGAAACACACAUCCGAUCAAACAUAAGCUAACCGGAAAGAAGAAGGACACAGAUAAUGGCAACAUGAAUAGUCAACUUGGCGGCAAACCCAGAGAAGCUUUGAACGCAUGGUACAAGCAACACAUCGCCAAUCCAUACCCGUCAGAGGAAGAAAAAGAAAUGCUAGCUAUAACUACUGGAAUUACGGUACCUCAGGUCAAGUCAUGGUUUGCCAACAAGAGGAGCAGAGCAAAUAAUAGAAAGCGUCAAGUACCAAACUAUUUCCUAGAAAAAUUCCCGGAAUAUGCACCACAUGUACAGCUGGUCCAAGAACAAAGAGACCAGUCUAGGAAAAGAUUUCGUCCCCAGCCAUCCAGUUUCACAGAGUUUGCAAUGUUUAGCGAGCAGAACUACUUAUGUUAA